AUGGUAAAUUAUAUGAUUGCAGUUGAUGAUAGCUCAAAUACUGAAGAAAGUAUUAAGGAGAUUGUAAACCACUUAUUCAAAAAGGAGGAGGAUACUCUUUAUUUAAUUUCGGUUGCAGAAGACCCAAUUACGUUUCCUUCCUCUGCUAUGUCCGCUGUUAUUGUUGCAGAAACUUUAAAAGCAAUUGAAAGAAAACAUAAAACAAUUUUGGUUAAUAGAGCAAAAUUUGCAAAGAAUUUAGGUGUACAAAAUGUUAAAGCAUUGUUAGGGCAUGGUAAUCAUGUUGGUGAAGCAGUUAUUAAAGCAGCAAACGAGAAAUCUAUUCAUUAUUUGGUUGUUGGAAGAAGAGGAAUGGGACCAAUAAAAAGAAUAUUUAUUGGCUCAACUUCAAGAUAUAUAUUGGAACAUGCUGAAUGUAAUGUAAUUUGUGUUAAAGGAUCAGUUGAAGAAAAUGUACAGUCUCCAACCAUCUCUGAAGAAUCAAAAGCACAUGAAGAAGUAGACAGCUAUAAUGAUUUUGAACAUUUACAUUUACAUGUUUAA